UUUGGUAGAUCCUGGAUCCAAGCAUUGGGCAUGCCAAAGUUACCACAACAGUUACCGCUUAACAAACUGCUGGACCAAAGUGGGAAUUCAAAUUCUACUUGGAUUAAUUCACUAAAGCACAAAUAUAAGACUGUAUUUGAUGGGAACCUAGGUUUAGUGAAAGACAAGCAGAUUCAGCUUCACCUAAAAGAAAAUGCUAUUCCAAAAUUUUGUAAACCAAGAGUUGUACCAUUUGCACUUAAACCUAAAAUUGAAGCAGAACUAGAAAGACUACGAAAUCAGGGGAUUAUUGUUCCAGUGUCUAGCAGUGAAUGGGCUUCCCCAAUAGUUCCUGUCAGAAAAAAAAAUGGGGACAUUCGCAUCUGUGGAGAUUUCAGAGUGGGCCUUAACCCUCAAUUACUUGUGGAUCAGUAUCCAUUACCACGGAUUGAAGAAUUGUUUAGUUCUCUGGCAGGGGGUGAAAAAUUUACAAAAAUUGACUUGCAUCAAGCAUACUUACAGUUAGAGGUGCAUCCAGACUCCAGACACCUGUUAACUAUCAACACUCACAAAGGACUUUUUCAGUAUACGCGAAUGGUGUUUGGCAUUGCCCCAGCACCUGCAGUGUGGCAACGGAUAAUGGAUGAGAUCUUGGCAGGUAUUCUACAUACCCCACUGUAUUUAGAUGACAUGUUUAUCACUGGUGAAAAUGAUGCCACUCAUAAAGCCAAUGUUGAAGCUGUUUUACAGCGCCUACAGGAAUUCGGACUGAAAGUUAACAUGGAAAAGUGUGAGUUCUUCUGCAAGAGUUUAGAAUAUUGUGCACAUGUAGUGGACAAGAAUGGUCUCCACACAACUGCUGAAAAAGUGAAAGCGCUGGUUCAUGCUCCCACCCCUGUUAAUGUAUCUCAGCUACGUUCUUAUUUGGGGUUGCUCAAUUACUAUCACAGAUUUUUACCAAAUUUGGCUCAUUUACUAUAUCCACUACACCGCCUUUUAGAUAGUAAAAACCAAUGGGCCUGGACUGACUUAUGUACACGAGCAUUUGAACGCUCAAAGCAACUUCUUCUGGAAUCAAGACUCCUUGUCCACUAUGACCUUAAGAAGCCUUUGGUACUAGCCUGCGAUGCUUCACCAUAUGGUUUAGGCGCAGUACUUUCACACAUUAUGCCCGAUGGUUCUGAACGUCCUGUGUCUUUUGCGUCCAGAUCUUUAACUCCAUCGGAG